AAUGGAUAAUUCACCAAAUAGAAAGAAAGGGCUAUUCAAGAAGGUGAUAAGUAAAUUCAAGCGAGACAAGAAGAAGUAUAUUGAUAACUCGCUCUCUCCUUGCAAAUCUCUUUCUACUGGUCAACUUUCUUUAGAGUCACAUGAAUUGAAUCUUUCACAGUACAAUGACCGUUCCGAAAAUCGACAAAAGGAAGAAAAUAUCACCAACGUCCACUAUCAUGUAAACUUAAAAAAUUGUGACUCGAUUGAAAUUAAAGUCGGCUCGAAUAGUCAUCUCAAGCCUUUUAAAUUAUUAUCAGCAGAUAGACAGGUAGAAAGAAUCAGCUGGAGCGAGGAAAGUAGUUCAUUGAGUCAAGGCACACCCAAGAUUACAUAUUCGCCUAGAAAGUCUAUAAGACGACAGACUGGAUCUGACAGUAAUAACAAUCGUAAUUUCGAAAUUAAGGAAUUUAAUCAUUCAGAAACAGGGCCGUUUACUCCUGUUAGAAACUUAAAUGAACCUAAGCCUGUCGGCUUAGUUAAACCAAUUGUUAGACCCCCAGAGAGGAAUAGAUCUCCCUCCUCGCCUUCAAGUGAAAUAUCCGCGGGGAGUUCUGCAGAUACAGCAACUAUUCACGCUCUUGCAACAGAGAUCUUAUCUGAACUAGAAAUCACACAAGAGCAGCUAAAUGAAGAAUACCACCGACCAUCAAGGUCUAGGAGCAUGCCAAGACGCCGUUCAGUAGACAGAAAUUCAGAAAACCGUCGUAUGCGCUCAGUUGAUCAGAGACAGGCAAGACGUUCUAGAAGAGAAACGUUUGAUAAUGGAAAUCAAACCAGAAGAAUUCUGGCCCAAUUGAUAAGGAUGCCUGGUGUUUUGCUUUUAACAACAGAAGAGGAAAAGAUCAAUAUCACUGUUAGUCCCGUCCGACAAACACUAACAUCACUUGUAAAUUUUCUCCAAGAACAAGGUUUAAGUGUAAACGAUUAUAAUCUUAGGUUGGCACCACCCAUUCGUAGUUCCAGUAGACAAUUCUUUGUUUGA